GAAUAUCUUGAUAGGUACCAUUGCAGACUAUUCACAGACCCCCGUCCCUGUAUGCGCCUGCUCCCGCCCCGUGAGCUUAGGAUUUUUUUUUCCCUGCCCAUCCCAUUCAGCUACUUUUUCCAUGCCUUCUCUUGAUCAUCUUCAUCAGCAUCCAGCACUACCAAUGCCCUGACAUGCUGCACAACCCUGGCAUCCAGCCCUCUUGCAACCCAAAUCCGCAUCUGGAGAUACUCACACAGCCGCAUUAUUGACAACGCACAAUACGCCGGCACAAUUGCCCGUGCGGUGUUGUGCGCUGCGGGACCAAUCCUUGUCAGCAGGAGUCCCCAUCCUGGUCUCCGAGUCCGUCUCCGGUCUCCGUUGAAUCAGUUGAAUCAACGGUGUGUGCAUACCGAGUCAUAGCUUCUCCCGCUGAAGCUCCCCUUUCGUCACCCGGAUGAGAGCCAGCCACGUCUUCAGAAUGGCCUCUUCAAGCACCAUCUUUGAUGGAGUCUUUGGAAUGAAUAAGCCAAUGGGCAUGAGCUCCGCCCAAGUAAUUCGGGACUGCCAACACUACUUUAACCCCUCCGCUUUCUUCAAGCCUAUGAUCGACCAGGAGAUCGAGAAUAGGAUUCUAGAGUCUAGGACCAAGAGGAAGCGCCGCGGCUUCAGCAAACAUGACAUCCGGGUCAAGAUGGGUCAUGGGGGCACACUCGACCCUCUCGCUACCGGCGUGUUAAUUCUCGGCGUUGGCAAGGGCACGAAGGCUCUGCAAUCCUUUUUAGAUUGUACCAAGACCUACGAGACCGUUGUGCUCUUCGGCGCCAGCACCGACACGUAUGAUAGGGUCGGCAAGAUCCUGAAGAAGACGUGCUAUGACCAUAUCACCCGGCCCAUGGUCGAGGAGGCCCUCAACGCCUUCCGCGGAAAGUUUCAGCAGGUUCCUCCUCUUUACUCUGCUUUGAAGAUGGAAGGUAAGCCCCUCUACGAAUACGCCAGGGAGGGGAAGCCGAUCCCCCAGGAGAUUGCAACUAGAGAAGUGGAGGUGUCUAGCCUUGAGCUAGUCGAGUGGUAUGAACCCGGUGAGCAUGCCCAUCGUUGGCCCGCCGAAGAAGCCACUACGUUCGAGCGCAAUUUCGCCGAGCAGGUCUGGAAGAUCGAAAAGCAGCAACAGACUUCGAAGAAGCUCACCCCCGAGGAGGAGGAGGAGGAGACCAAGGCGCUUAAGGAGCACGAGCGUUUCAAGCGGAAGUCCGACGAGAACGUUGACGCCCUGGUUUACGACCGAGUUAGUAGUAAACGUAGAAGGACUUCGCAAUAUACCCCCCUGAUGUCAGGUGCGCUAGGAGACCUCCCGCCGGAACCCCCCAAGCCUGGGAGAGGGUCAAAUUUGGUCCCUGCAUCCCAAGACCCCAACACGCCCCCUCCUUGGGACGGAAAAGGACCACCGGCGGCAAGAAUUCGGAUGACUGUGACGUCCGGCUUCUAUGUCAGGAGCUUCUGUCAUGACCUGGGCCUCAAGAUCGGAUCCGCGGCAAUGAUGGCAGAACUUUGCCGAAGUCGCCAGGGGGACUUCGCUUUGGGAGCCGGUAAUUGCUUGGAGUAUUCAGACCUGGCAAAAGGUGAAUCGGUAUGGGCGCCUCAGAUCAAGGAUAUGCUACUUCAGUGGCACAACAAAUCACAUACCACGUCUUCCCAGCCUCCGCUGAGAGCUAAACAGAACAAGCCCGCGCACGAUCAGAGCAAACCCGCAAUCAGGUUUGCAGAUAAAUCUCGAGAACACAAAAUCAUCAACAAGGCUGAAGACGCCCUUUCGAGUGAAGAACCUCCAACUCCACAGCCAUCAUCUUUGGUCCGGGAAGAGGAGCCCGAGGAGGUGACUGGUUCAAAACCUCAGGGAACACAGGGCUCGGACGGAGCAGUGGAGGCAUUGUCGACCUCAGCUGCCACCACAUCCACAUCCCAAGAAACCGCCGAGCCUCAUGUGAAGAGCAACGAAGCCGAUGAAGAACCUUGGGCCGGCUUUCCCGACACAGGCAGCGUAACGAAUGCGUGAGCCCACUACCUAUAUCUCAUGGCUGUUUGAGAUUAUCGCUGGAUCGUAUAGCCCAUUUGUGCCUAGGCCUAACGACGAGAGGCAUCUCUACAAUAGCACACAUCUUCACUCACAAGAGAAGGCGCGCGAGACGAUAAAAGAAAUUUAUUAGAGUGUUUGUGUUGAGCGCAUUAGCUAGGCGUUAGCGGACGGGAUUUGCCUGCAUACAGACAGGACAGACGGCCGGGUACGGCGCUAGGCGAGGUACGAGAUGAGGGGAGGGAACUGCAUAUCUCAGAUCAACUACGUGUCGCUCACCCACCCCGUGGGCCAUGUAAUAGCUGCUCUGGCUCUAGCGUAUGAGGAUUUUUCUUCGGGGGGAUGCGAGUUGGAGCCUGCAUAAAAGAGACGAAUAGAUGAAAUUGACGACGACUCGUUGGGUGCUGUGCCUCCGUCUCCAGGUGUGCGUACCUGUAUAUGUCUGCGGCUGACUGGGUGUAUAAAUGUGCCAUAGAACCAACGACUUCCCCGCGUUAUAUAUGCUUGCAUAUUAGGGAGGCAGGGCGGGGCCGGUUCAACCGGCUUGCUUCCCGAACGAAGCGCCAGUCUGGAAAUGCUUACGGCUAGAUCGAGACCGCCGGCAAAAACACCUUGUGCGCCGGGGGGGCGGGGG